AUGUCGUUCUUUGGAGCCACCACGUCGACAACGGCGGCUUCGACUGCCGCGGACAAAGACGUUGAAGUUGCUGAGCCGCCGACCGAUUCAAUUUCUUCAGUCUCGUUCUCACCACAAGCCGACUAUCUUGCAGUUGGAAGCUGGGACAAUAGCGUCCGGAUAUAUGAAGUCGGGCCCCAGGGGCAGACCCAAGGCAAGGCUAUGUAUCAGCAUCAGGGCCCCGUCCUAGACGUUUGCUGGAACACGGAUGGAACGAAAAUCUUCUCUGGAGGCGCGGAUAACGCUGGGAGAAUGUUCGAUGUUACGACUGGACAGGCCACCCAAGUCGCCCAACACGAUGCUCCAAUCAAGGUUGUCGGCUGGGUGAACGCUCCCCAGGCUGGAGUUUUGGCGACCGGUAGCUGGGACAAAACCAUCAAAUACUGGGACUUGCGUACUCCCAACCCUGUAGCUACCGUUACACUUCCAGAACGAUGCUAUACGUUCGACAUCCAAUACCCUUUGAUGGUCGUUGGAACCGCCGAGCGACACAUUCAAAUUUAUAACCUCAACAGCCCCAACACUGUCUUCAAGAAUUUGACCUCCCCUUUGAAAUGGCAAACUCGUGUUGUGUCUUGCUUCACAGCAUCUCAGAAUAGCGGGUUCGCAAUUGGAAGCGUUGAAGGUCGAGUUGCUAUCCAAUACGUCGAAGACAAAGACUCUAGCAACAACUUCUCGUUCAAAUGCCAUCGCCGAGACUCUGUCCCCAACUCCAAAGACCAAGCCAUGGUAUUCGCAGUGAACGAUAUUUCAUUCCAUCCUGUCCAUGGCACCUUCUCGACUUGCGGUUCCGACGGCACCAUCCACUUCUGGGAUAAGGAUGCACGAACUCGACUAAAGACCUUCGAAGCAGCACCUGGGCCGAUAUCCACGACCGCCUUCAACCGCAACGGUACCCUCUUCGCCUACGCCAUCUCAUACGAUUGGUCCAAAGGCCACUCCGGCAUGACUCCCGGGCACCCCAACAAGUUGAUGCUGCACCAAUGCAAGGAUGAGGAAGUCAGGAAGCGCAAUAGAAAGUAAACCAUUGAAAUCUAGUCAUUAUUGUGGUAGAUCUGUUGAUUUUGGUGCCCUUUCCGACUUCUGGUCACUGGGUCGGGAUACGCGAUUCCCGGUGCUGCGAAAAUCGGUCCUGUUGCUAACACUAUUAUACUGUUAAAACUCGUGCGUCCAAGUAAGGGUAUAUAGUCUAGUGGAGAUCCUUUGAAACAUGUAUAUCCAAGUAAGGGUAUAUAAUGGGAUGUUUUUUCGUGUAUCUAAUCGACUUCAUCUCUGCUGAAUGCGAGGUGUAAGGACAAUGGGCAGCUCUCCCUUUAUCAUUAUGAAGUAGUCUUUCAUCUCUGAGAGGUAUUGCUCGGGAUCGUAGAAAUCAGCUAGGUGCAUGUUGUAUCUUUGCAUGAUUAGGCAAACUAGCAUCCGCAUUUCCAUCCAUGCGAGACUCUUUCCGGCGCAGCCGGCUGUCCCGAUGCUGAACGGAGUGAAUGCAGCGGUGUUGAGAAUGAAAGGAGUAC